GAUGUGACGAUGAAGGAAUCGUCUCCAUCUGUAUCGCCAAACGCUUCUGUAUCGCUGCCCAGAUAUCUAUCGCGCCCAGACUACCGCGAUAUUUCUGAAGAUAAACUCGUAGCACUUGAUGCUGAGUUAGCUGGUACUCCUCUUGAUUAUAUCCAUGAUGGCUUGGAGGCUAUCGGGCCUGACAUGAUACGAGCACUUUCAAAUGUGAAAGCUCAGCCCGUACGAAACAACCUCCCUAAGGAGCUCUCUAUCGUAGUCGAUGACAUGUCCCGCUACAUGCCUACCCACAUGCUUGCCGUUUACGCUCGCCAAUCGUCUGCGACUCGCCGACGAGUAACCCUUUUCCCUGUUCACAACAUCAUCCUUGCCGCUCACUGCGCCAAUCUCCCACAACUCCCCGAAUCGAACCCCUCUGCCCCAGAUGUUCCUGGAUCAUCCAUCUCGGUUCCUGUCGUCCCUCUAUGUAUUCCCGCUCCCGAGACUUUCCCUCACCUUUCCGCCUUCCUCUACACCAAGCGCGUGGAUCACCUCCUUUCGUCUUUACUCCCUUGCCCAGCACCGCCUUCACUGUAUCGUGAAGAACCUAUGGAAAGUGGCAACCCCGAGUUGGUCCAAUUUGCCACCAAACUUUCUUCCAUGUAUACCGCUCAAGCACUGCUUUCACGUGCUAUGUUGGUCAAUGGACUCUGGCGGAAUGUAUGCGCACUGGGCAUUUUUGACGAGAGGUUGUGGGGUGCUAUGGAUGUAGCGUGGGAGGUGCUUUUGACGGCUAUGGCCAUCGCUACUGGCAAGCCUCAGAUGAUUCUUGGCACACAGUCAUCUUAGAUCGACAUCGAUUGCAUUUUUCUUUUGUCUCGGACUGCUCUAUCAUAUCUCCUAUCCAGCAUCACUUAUCGCUGGUAUUAUUUGUUCACUAUAGGUGUAUGGCAUGCUGUACUUUAGCCACUUUACAUUUUCUCUUCAUCGCAUUAUGUCUGCAUAACAAUGUUUUUAUUGAUAUAUAUUCUUGACAUU